UCUCACCGAGCCAUGAAAUUGGCGCUUGCACAAAUGUAGCGGCGUUGAGCGAACUGCACCUAGGAGGAAUCUCUGUCGUUUCACAGGAAUGUCAGAUCAUCCCCUGCUUGGUUCAGUUGAUUGCAGUUCCCGCUAUGAUGUCACCUCUAGCAGAAGGAGUGAUGAUAGUCCAACUCUUCCUCUAGAUGUCAUUGACAGACCAAUCACGGAGAAGAGCCUUCUCCAUAAGUUGGACCUUCGAGUGGCAUUCUUAGUUCUGGUUUACAUUAUGAACAUCAUGGACCGUUAUAAUGUAGCUGCAGCGAGGCUGCAUGGUUUCGAGGAGGACCUUGGCAUGACAGGGAACCAAUUUAACACACUUAUCAGCAUUCUUUAUGUGGGGUAUUUGUUGACGCAGGCACCUUCUAACAUGAUCUUACACCGCAUGAAAAGACCAUCACUUUACCUGUCGAGCUGCAUGAUAGCAUGGGCUGCUAUCACCAUGUGCAUGAGUGCGGUGCCAACAUACCAUGCUGCUCUUUUCUUGCGCUUUUUUCUUGGAUUCGUAGAGGCGACAUUCUUUCCCGGAGCUGUGUUCCUUCUUUCACAAUGGUACAAGAAAAAUGAACUAGGGUUACGCAUAGCAGUUCUUCUUUGCGGCAGCUCCAUCAGUAAUGCUUUUGGUUCUCUCAUUGCGUCGGGGAUUUUAGGAAGCCUAGACGGUACACUAGGUUUUACAGCUUGGAGGUGGCUCUUCUUUGUGGAAGGCGCUUUGACCAUUGUGAUCGCAGUGUCUGCGAUCUGGAUUUUACCCGACUUUCCUUCAACACCGAGCAUCUGGCUUUCGCCCGAUGAACAGAUGCUGGCCAAACGACGGAUGGAGGAAGAAGUUGCGGUUGUCGAGCGCGAAAGCAAGCCUGAAGAGAACUUAUCUGGUCUUACCCAGGCUCUUAUAGAUUGGAGGGUAUGGUGGCUUGGUGUUACUCUUCAUUUGAUAGCUUGCUCGCAGUCAUUCACCAUUUUCUUCCCAACCCUAUCCGCUACAAUGGGUUACAGCGCGACUGCUAGCCUUUUGCUCUGCGCACCUCCAUGGAUUUUGGGAACCGCAACCUCAUUUGUUGUGGCCAGGCACUCCGACAUAACUGGUGAUCGCUUCUGGCAUAUUGUCGGUCCUCUACUCGUCGGCAUUGCUGGGUUUAUGAUCGCGAUUUCAACGAUGAAUACGGCUAUGCGAUAUCUGUCACUAUUCUUUAUGGCUCAGAACACAGUCGCCUUUGUUGUUUCUUUGGCUUGGGUCAUGGAUACAUUUUCCCAAUCACAGUCUAAAUGCGCUGCGGCUGUCGCACUGAUAAACACCAUGUCAUCAGCUGGCUUCAUCAGUUCAUCAUACAUUUGGCCUUCCAGUUGGGGACCUUCAUAUGUGAACUCGUAUCUCAUUUGCAUCUUGGCAAGCGUCGCGUGCAUUGCGAUGUGCUGGGUGUUUAGGGAGCACCUUUCCCGGUGUAAUGAAGCUGCUGAAGCUGAAGAGAACGUUCUAGGGCUACCUAAGGGUUUUAGAUAUCUCCUCUAGAGCGUAGUUGGGAACUGAUGGGAUCCCGUCAGUGAGAAUAUAUAUGAAUCGAUACCAGGGCACGAGCCUGAGAGAUCCCGGAUAUCUUAUUUGACGAGUCAUAAAUUGACGAU